AUGUUAAAUUUACUAUUUAAACAAACUAAUUUUAUAAAUAAAAUAUCAAAAAAUAUUCAAAAUAAUAAUAUAAAUUUAAUAAAACCAUUAUCAAUAAAUUAUUUAAAUUUAUUUUCAAAUAACAAUAAUAAUAAUAAUAAUAAUAAUUUUAUAAAUGUAAAUAAUAUAAAUAAUAAUAAUUUUAAACAAAUAUAUAGUAAUAAAUGUUUUUUUUCAAAUAAAAAAGAAAAAAAAAUUAAAAAAGAAAAACAAUCGAUUUUAAGAGAAAAAAGUAAAAAAAGAAAACUUAUAAUUGAAAAUACAGAUAUAAAAUCAUUACCAAAAUCAGAUUUAAUUUAUGGUCAAACAAAUGAAGAUUUAAAAAAGUUAAAUUAUAUUAUUGGUGAAAAAUCAGCAAAAAGAAUAAAAGAAUCAACAAGAGCAGAUUGGCAUGUAAGACAACAACAAAAUAAAAUAUCAUCAUCAUCGACAAAUUAUUUAUUAUUAAAAUCUAAAUUAUCAAAAGAUUUAAUUAAUGCACCAUUAUCAGAAACUCUAAAAAUUAAAAAACAAUUAGAAGAAUUAGAAAAGAAUGGAAAAAUAUCAAAUAUUGAUCCAAAUUCAAAGAAUCAAAAAUUUAAAAAUCAACAAUUUGAUCCAAAACAAUUGGAAAAACUUAAAGAAUUAAAAUUGGGUAAAUUUAAACAAAAUAAACCAAAAAGGGGUACAACAAAAUUGGAAACCAUUAAAAAAGAAGUUUCAAAAGGUAUUGAAAGAUUUUUUGAUUCAAAAAUGAAAUUCAUUGGUGCUGCAAAGAAUAUAGAUUCAUUCCUCCCUGAAACUCUACCAGAGGUCGCAUUCAUUGGUAGAAGUAAUGUUGGUAAAUCAAGUUUAAUCAAUGCAUUAACUCAACGUGGUUUAGCCAAAACUUCAGAUAAACCUGGUCAAACUCAGAGUAUAAAUUGGUUUGAAUUAGGUUCAACACUUUAUUUAGUGGAUUUACCAGGCUACGGUUUUGCAUUUGCCAAAGAGACAUUGGUUGAACAAUGGAGUGAUAUUACUAUUCACUAUUUAACCGAACGUAAAUGCAUUAGUUGUGUUUUCAUAUUAAUAGAUUCACGUCAUGGUUUAAAAGAUAGUGAUCGUAAUUUACUAUUGGAAUUGGAUAAAAAGAAAAUUAAAACUCAUAUAAUCCUAACAAAAGCAGAUUUAACAAAACCAGAAGAUCUUGUAAAAAGAAUUUCAAUCACAAAUCAAGAGAUUCAAACCAAUUAUCGUUAUUCAACAACACCAGUACUACCAAUUAGUUCUAAAAAUUUAUCUGGUAUCUCUGAUCUAUCAAAAUUAAUUAAAGUUAUGAAAUUAAAAGUAAAACCAAUUAAAAUUAAUCCAAAUUUACAAUCAAAACAAAUUUUAUCACCACAAGAUUUUCAAUUAAAAAAAUUAAAAAAUCUGGAAAAGAAAAAAGAAAAAUUAAAAAAAUUAGUAUGUGCAUACUAUAGCCAAGCUGCUGGUGAACCAUUCAUUAAUUUUUAUGCCGACAGCAGCCUCAGGGGCAAAUGUAUCGUUAUCAUCACAGUUGAAACACCUGGUAUAUGUCAAGAAAGUCCAAACUGUUCAAAAAUUCAUGGAACAUCACGUGACAAGUAUAGUGGUUGGUGUACUUAUGAUGGUAAUACAAAAGGUUUAAAUUGUGAUCAAUUAAAUGCAAAUAUAUCAUCAGUAUUAACACCAACAAUCAGUGGUGGUGAUGUUAUAAUAAAUGGUGAUUUUUCAUCAAUUUAUAAUAUUAGUUCAAGUAUUACAAUUUCAAUUGGUACUUCAAUUUGUAAUAAUAUUAAUUUCUCAAGUAAUAAAUCACAAAUCAUAUGUACAAUUGGUGAAGGUGAAGGUUAUCAACAAAUUAAAUUAUCAGAUGGAAAUGGUGCAACAUUAAUAUACCAUGGAUUUUAUUAUGGUAAAUGUAAUGAUCACAUCGGUAAUUGUAAAACUUUAAAUUUACAAUUAGAUUCAGUAACACCAACAUUUGUAACUGGUGGUCAAGUUUAUUUAAAAGGUAAUUUCUCAAAUGUUAAAGAUCUUAGUCUAACUAUUAAAAUCGGUGAUCUAGAAUGUUCAAACGUUAAAUUCAACGAUACUAAUUUCAAAGUUUUACAAUGUUCAAUUGAACAAGGUGAAGGUGUCAAAGAUAUUAUAAUAUCAUCUGGUCUAUUAUCAUUUUCAAAAGAAAAAGCAUUCGAAUAUCAAUACUAG